GGCAAGGCACUACCCACAGUUCAUUUUUUAGGCGCUACGUGGAACGAGCGUAUCUGGCAGCACAAAACGCCGAGGAUCGUCAGAAGGUGCAGGAGUAUUUGGAGAAGCGGCUGCGACCGCUGUUGUUGGCGGGUACGACUCGAGCCGUUGAUUGGGAUCACGAACCUUUGCCACACGAACGGAACUAUGAGUUACCUGUCGCUUGGACUCCAGCAGCCACCCUACGAGCUUCGCUCCAAGCCAACAUAAACAAGAGCUCAGCGCAGCACCAUCCUAGGCGUGGUGAUCAUGAUCGUAAGCGGUCGGCAUCGCCAGACGACGAUGCUCAGCCGAAACGCGACCGACGUAGCAGUAGCAGUUCAAGUGAUGUGGAAGUUAUCAGAGUCAAGUCUACUGUGUCGAAAAAGAAAUCUAAGAAGGAGCUGAAGCGGGAAGCGAAGGCCGCAAAAAAGGAGAAGAUGAAGAACAAUGGUCAAAAACAACAGAAAAAGGAGCAGCCGCACUGGCAUAUUGAAGAG